AGAACUAUUACUCAAAUGGAACUUAACUGUAAGAAUGGGGAGCUUGAGCUUAAUAACAAGUCGUACGAUUCUCCCAUUCGGAAAUCGCAAUUUUCCGUUGUUUGUGGAGAAGAAGAAGCCAAGAGCGAGUUGCAGUUGCAGCGGCAGAGACGAUGGUCCUCUGUCCACUGCUUCGGCUUACGCCGUCCUUGGAGUGGACACUGAUUGCUCCGCCGCCGAUAUUAAAGCUGCUUUUCGAGACAAAGUGAAGCAGUUCCAUCCAGACCUCAACAGAAAUGAAAUAUAUUCUGAUACUAUGAUUCGCCGUGUAAUUGAAGCAUACCAGAUACUAUCCAACUACACCUCAUCACAAAUAAUUGAAAGGGAGUGCUUAGAUCCCUUCGACGCGCCAGAGUGUGAAGCUUUUGAUAUUUUUGUUAACGAGCUUCUUUGUGUCGGCAAAGCGUGUUCAAAUUCCUGUGUGGAAAGAGCCCCUCAUGCUUUCACAUAUGUCUCUUCAACUGGAACAGCGCGUGCAUCAUCUCAAGGUCACGGGGAAGAUUACCAAGUUCAAUGUGCUGUUGGACAAUGCCCUAGGAGUUGCAUUCAUUACGUAACACCAUCACAAAGAAUUCUGUUGGAGGAGCUACUUGACAGUAUAGUGGAUGCACCCUAUGAUACAUCAGCAGAGGCAGACUUGCUCUAUUCACUUAUAACUAAAGCCAAAUUUGAGAAUAACCGAUACCAAAAGCCAAAGAAGCAACCCAAAAAAUCAAGCCAGCAUGUCGAUUGGUUUUAACAUUUGGAUUCAUAGCAAGGCAUUGCUAGAUAUCAGCUGCUGCUGAGGAACCUUGUAUCUCAAUUCUCUGAAACACAAGAAGAAUAUAAGCUACUUACAAUUUCGGAUGUUUUUUGUUUCAUUUUAUUCCAUCCUCUUUCGUAUGAUUUCAGCAGAGGCAAUAUUUCUUGCAGUGUUGAAAUGCAACAGGCUUGUUUUCCUUGUGUAAACAAGUUUAUCUAAUCAAACUACUUUUGGGCUUGCUGAGA